GCCCACCAGCCCACCCUGUCUUUGUGACAAUACUUGAGCAGCUUCGAUCCCGAUACCGGCACCGACCCGUACAUCACCACCUUGCCCACACCUACCCGUAUCUUCUGCCGCCAUGGAUCUAGUGAACCACCUCGAGGGACGCCUCCUGUUUGCGGUGCCUAAAAAGGGCCGCCUGCAGGCGCACUCCCUAAACCUGCUCGAGGGAGCCGACAUCCAGUUCAGGAGAGAGAACCGCCUGGACAUCGCCCUGGUUAAGAACCUGCCCAUCGCCCUCAUCUUCCUGCCCGCGGCCGACAUCCCCACCUUUGUGGGCGAGGGCCGCGUCGACCUGGGUAUCACGGGCGAGGACCAGGUCCAGGAGCACGACGCCGGCGUCCGCGCCGCGAACCGCGCCCGGUGGGGCUCAUCGGGCCUCGCCAGCCCCGAGGGCGAGGGCGAGGGCGAGGGCGAGGGCGGGCAGAAGCAUCAGCAGCGCGGCUGCGAGACGGUGCUGGACCUCGGCUUCGGCGCCUGCAAGUUGCAGGUCCAGGUGCCACAGAAGGGCUCCUUCGCCUCCCCGGCCGACCUGGUCGGGAAGAACAUCGGCACCAGCUUCGUCCACCUGGCCGAGAAGUACUUUGCCAACCUCGAGCAGGCCGCCGGCCUCGACGGCGAGUCGGCGCCCCCGAAGCUCCGCACCAAGAUCAUCGAGCUGAGCGGGAGUGUCGAGGCCGCGUGCGCCCUUGGCGUGGCCGACGGCAUUGUAGACCUUGUUGAAUCUGGCGAGACCAUGAAGGCGGCAGGACUCAUGGCCAUCGACACGGUGGUGGAGUCAUCUGCGAUCCUGAUCAAGUCCAAGUCCCCGAGCAACCCGGAGCUGGUCGAGCUGAUCGCCUCGCGCAUCCGUGGCGUCAUCACGGCCCAGAGGUACGUGCUCUGCCAAUACAACGUCGAGCGGUCGAGGCUGGCCGAGGCCACGGCCAUCACGCCCGGCAAGCGCGCCCCGACCAUCACCGCCAUUGACCAGGAGGGGGCCGUUGCCGUCAGCGCCAUGGUGGAGAAGAAGAAUAUUGCGCCCGUCAUGGACGAGCUAACCAAGGUCGGCGCCACCGACAUCCUGGUUCUGGACAUCCACAAUGCCAGGAGCAGCUGAUGGCGUGGCUCGGGUUCCGGUAAAGGGAGAGGAAAAGGGGUUUGAGGCAAAAAAGGGAGGCGCAACAUUAAUAGAGCAAGAUAUCAUAUAUAGGUAUUAAUCGGGAAAUAUUCGUACUGAGAAA